AUGCUAUCAGCUUAUUUCACGGCGGAGUUUGGAGGGAAGGUGGAAACAGAUAGCACCAGCACAAGCCUCUUGAAGCAGCAACUGAAUGAGCCGCAUCUGGACAAGAACCGCUUAAGCAAGCUUAUCCUGAGCUGUCCGGUCAUCUUCUCUGCUCCUCCGUAUCGCAUGGCGGAGAAUAUUGCCAUUCUCCAGUCCUUCACUCCUCCAGGCACUCCCAACAUUGCGACCAAUGUGCUUCAGCGUGCCCCCACCAUCGUCUGUCUCAGCUCAGAAACUCUCUUAGCUAAGCUCCAGUUCUUUGUGGAGCUGGUGGGGAAGCAGGCAGCAGGAAGAGUGGCGAGGAGUCAUCCAGUGGUUCUGCAACUUUCAAAGGAGAACGUGCAAGGCAAGGUGGCGGUAUUGGCUGAUUUGAUUGGCCGAGAGAAUGCUGUGCGGGUGGUGACACAAUUUCCUUUGCUACUGGCGUCUAGUGAAGAUGGCCUGAAGGAAAGUUUCAGAGAGCUUGUGCGAGAAGUGGAAGAGGCAUUGGAGAGCAGUGGAGGAGAGAGAAAUGGGAGGCAAAGAGCUGGAGGGGAGGGGGGAGGGGGAUUACCAGAGCUAACAGCAGCAGCAGCAGUAGCAGGAGCAGGAGCAGCAAGAGGAGGAGGAGGGGAUAGCGUGAGUGCUACAUCCCUGUUGUUAUGUCCUCCUUUGUUGCUGCUGGAUGGGACCGGCGGGGAUGUGGCUGCUACAGCUGCUGUGGCCGUCGCCCUGCUGGACCUUCUACAGUUCCUGUGGGUGGUGGUGUGCUCGGCUGUAGCAGAGGAGCUGUUGUACAGAGCACUGCUGAUCACAGCCCUGCAAGAGAAUCGCGGCAGGAUCGACUCUGCCAUGCUGUCUGCAGCCCUCUCCGCCCUCUUCCACCUCUCCCACGUGAUAAAGGUUGUAUUUUGA